AUGGCGUUCCCGCCCCUGCUUGAUCGGCUCGAAACCUUCUUACUAUACUCCCAGGAUAUCCCGUCCCAGAACUUAGGCUUCGUGGAUCCUAAGGCGACCACGUUGGACCUCAGCAUUGCUGGCAAGGACUACGUAAUUCAUCAGUCACCAACCAUCUUGAACCGUCCAGGAAGUACCACGGGCGCUGUUGUGUGGAAAAUCACUCCGCUUGUAGCCGAUUGGUUAGCCGCUUCCGACAAUCCCCUCUGGAACUCUGGCAUCUUAUCAUCCUCUUCCGGUGUGCUGGAAUUGGGUUGCGGAAUAUCCGGCUUGGUGGGAUUGGUUCUUGCGCCAUUAGUCGCAAGGUAUACACUCACAGACCAGUCCUACGUCGCAAAACUAGUAGAGAAGAACAUUGUCGAAAACAGUCCCCUGGGAAACUCAAAGCAGACCAAGACUAGCGCUCAAAAGCGAAAAAGCAAGCCGUCGGCUGUCUAUCCCAAGGCUGAACUACGAUUCGUGCCGCUGGACUGGGAGUUGGACGAGGUGACACCGUCCCUUACAGGAAGCGAUAAGGCCAAGAGCUUCGACGUCGUCAUUGCUUGCGAUUGCAUCUAUAACGACACGCUGAUCCAGCCACUGGUGCAAACCUGUGCUGACGUAUGUAGAUUGAGGGCAUCGGAUAAGAAUAGUGCCGACAAGCCUGCCGUCUGUCUAGUCGCACAGCAACUUAGAGACCCGGAAAUAUUUGAGUCGUGGAUAAAGGAGUUCAGCAGGUAUUUCCGGACAUGGCGCAUUCCAGAUAACGCUUUGACUGAGGGAUUACGGUCGAACCCUGGUUUUGUAGUCCACCUGGGUAUCUUGCGAGAUGCGGCAGAGACACGCAAUUGAUCCUACUCCGCAGCGUAAUCACCAGACCACAAUUAAUCUGCCUCCAUGCGUGAACCCGUCUGAGUUAUUAUUACGAGUCUGGAAUUGUCUUCUCUAUUGCAGACUCAGUUAAUCAGCCAUGAGGUACAUUAACAUACCUAACUUAGAUAACUAAUAAAUCCCGGAGAACAAAUUCAGGGGUGUAGUCAAAUAACUACAAGCAAUUCCCAGGGUAAUAAUACGACAUAUUAAACCCGUCGUAGUCCAUGGGUAACGAGUUGCGAAAUUCGGCCCAUAGCUAUAUACAAUGUGGUUAGGCGAAUAACCCUCACGGUCAGCGAUGGCAUGGUUGAAUAACCCUGGAUGCAUAUCAUGUUUAGGGGAUGAACUGUUAGCUCUCUUACAAAUCCCCCUCAUACAUAUUCACUAUUAUAGACGCAUACCUCGAAGUCUUAACCAUCGUUCUCAAUCCCUACGCAGAUUACCCUCCACUGCUACCCCGGCCCGGCAGUCCAUUUCACUUUAUCCCAAACGUCUUACCACUAGCACUUCUUCCCGACCCCCCACCGCCCUGACCAGCCUAUCCCUACCUACCUAAUUAUACAAGUCUGUUGUAUCA